AGGCAAAUGCUCCCCCAGCUGUUUCCUGUCUACAGUGUCUGUGUAAUGUAGAUAAAUGUGAGGAUUUUCUCUAAAUCCCUCUUCUGUUUGCUAAAUCUCACUGUCACUGCUAAAAUCAGAGCAGAUAGAGCCUGCGCAAUGGAAUAAAGUCCUCAAUAUUGAAAUGUGACAUUGCUCUCAACAUCUCACAUCUCUCUGGAUUUCUUUUUUCUCAUCAUUACUGCUAACAAAUUCAUUUCCAGACUUUGCACUUUUAAGAAGCAAUGGAAAAAAUCAACAGUCUUUCAACACAAUUAGUUAAGUGCUGCUUGUGUGAUUUCUUGAAGCUUUCUGAGGCAGUGUGCUAAACAGCUUUCUGCUUUACCUCCUCAGAACUGGGAACCAUCUUAAACUGCAGGUGAAGAUGCACACUGUGUCCUACACCCAUUUCUUCUACCUUGGGCUGUGUUUGCUUACCUUAACCAGUUCUGUUGCUGCUGGCCCAGAAACACUCUGUGGUGCUGAGCUGGUUGAUGCUCUUCAGUUCGUGUGUGGAGACAGAGGCUUUUACUUCAGUAAGCCUACAGGGUAUGGAUCCAGCAGUAGACGCUUACACCACAAGGGGAUAGUGGAUGAGUGCUGCUUCCAGAGUUGUGACCUGAGGAGGCUGGAGAUGUACUGUGCUCCAAUAAAGCCACCUAAAUCUGCACGGUCUGUACGUGCUCAGCGCCACACCGAUAUGCCAAAAGCACAAAAGGAAGUGCAUUUGAAGAAUACAAGUAGAGGGAACACAGGAAACAGAAACUACAGAAUGUAAGAACAUGCCAUCCACAAGAAUGAAGAAUGAAUGUGCCAUCUGCAGGAUACUUUGCUGUAAAUAAAUUAUUUGUUAAACAUUGGAAGACUUAAAAAAACCUUUGUUUUAAAAAGCUUGAUGCAAUCUCAACCAAUGGGCAUUCUCCCAGUGAACAAUGCAACUAAACAUUCCAAUAUUAAGUCUUUAGAGAACAGAACAUUUUAACCAGCCCAGAGCUAAAAUUUCUGUGGUUGAUAUAUUACUGUUUGUUAACCUUUUUUAAAUGUCCUGCACAAAAACUCUUAAAGUUCUGUGCCCCUCAAAUGCCUACAAAUUUAUGGGCCUUUGACGGAUCCAAUUGCACUAAAUUAACCUAUGAACAUUGGCUGCUGGAGUCAUUCAUCAGCCUUGUCUAAGUGGUGGUUUUUUUAUUUGCACUUCUAUACAAGCAACAGGCUGUUUGUUUUACAGUGUCUGAUAACAUUGUUUGUCUACCCCUUCGUAUUUGCACAGUUUGACAUUCCCAGUAACAGCAGCAGUAAGGUAACAUAUACAGUUUUAAACAUCCAUUAAUUCCAUCUGUGGCAUUUCAACAGAAUAUGGGUUAUAGAUGCAUUUGUUUUAAGACAGUUUUUUUCUUCCUUCUCUUGCAAACAUGCAAUUUAUUGCAAUUUGUGAGACAAAAGAUUUUUUUAAAGCAGUUAAAGCAUACAUAGGCUCUCAAACCAGUAAUGAUUCUUCCAGGUAAUUAUUUUGCAACAGUAUAGGUAACUUCUUUCUUCCUCCAUAUAAUGCAGUAUGUAAAAUUUAGCAUAUCAAUAAUACACAUAUAUCAAACAGUAUGUAAAAAUCUCUGUUUUAUAGUACAACGGUGCUAUUUUAUAGUUUGUUACAUGAAAGGGUCUGGCCAAAACGGUAAUAGGUAAGAGCAAAUGUGGAAGGACAAAGCCAAAGAUUAAAUGACAAAAUAGUCUCAAAACUAUUCAGCUUAAAUCAACUGAAAUGGCUUCAGAUUUCAAGAUGGUAAUAACUUUCCCAUCUCCAAAAGGAUAUUCACAUACUUGUUUCCUUUUAGAUGUUUCAAUGGUGGUGUUCUCACCUAUGGUUAUGUGGAACACAAAUUCAUAGAUGUCUAGGCCCAGAGAAAACAAUUUGAAAAACAGCUCUCAAAUGACUUCAAAAGGUAGUCCAUCAGUACCUAAAUCUUCCAGAAAUAUCAUCAUUCUAUUCAAACAUAAUAGAAAGGUACUCAAGUUCCCCUCCAUUUUAAUUCUUUCCACAAUCAGAUGUGACCUAACUGACCGUUUAUUGGGCUUCUGCAUCUAUCUGUAAAUCAGAAAAUCUGAUCUAAUCACCAAAUUACAGUGUAGAAAGAGUCCUCAAGAAGAGAUUAACCAUAAAAUCCUUACAUCCUUACUUACAAUCCCCUGUUACAUAACUUUGAUAGGCACUGCACUGGUUCUACCUUUAAUAACACUGUGUCCUAUGCUCCAUUUUUUUACAUCAACUGAGAGCCAGAUUGGCCAUGCAGUGAAGGUAGCCAGCAGUGACCAAGGUGAGCAAUAAACUUCUCUGUGAGAGAAGGGAAGACUAGAUGGGUGGGGGGAGGGGGACUGGGGGGAAUGCACUGUUCCACCCUGUCCAAGAACUCCAAAGUUGUUCCACUCGACUUCUUCCCCUCACCUCCCUACAGGAGGUAAGCUCAGGCAUGGGAUGAUGCAUCUCUUGGUCAGGCCCAAAGGGAGCCUGGACAAUACUGUUUGAAGGGAGCAGUUAGGGAGAUGUUAGAUUAGACCUACAAAGGAAGGAUCCCUUUUCAAAGGCUCAAAUCUGCCUUCCUUUCUACCACAUCCAGGGGAGUAGAUAACUGAAGUAUUGACUAAAACACAAGAAAAGGUUCUCUGCAGACUGCAUAUAUACAGCUCCUCAAUAGCUCCUUGUGAAACAAGGUAGGUCUUAAAAGUCUAACAAAUUAUUAUAGUUCCUUUUUAUUCCCAUAGAAAAUUUGUGGUUUGUAUUUUUAACAAGUGCAAUGUAUUCCUAUGCAAUUCUUUAAACCCUCCGCUUUCUGUGAGAUGGAUGUCUACAUGCACAAUAAGCUGCCAUAGCAAUGUAAAAGUAGAACAGUAAAUGAAUAAAAAGAAUAUGUCACAGCUGACACUGACUGAGAUAGUUAUGUUGAAAAAGGAAGAAAGUAAAGAGAAACAGGUGUGAAAACUAACCUAAAUUAUUCACCACCAAUUCAAUAAACAGAGUUAGGAAUUCUGAUACCUGCCACAGCAUCUAUAAGCAUUUUUUUGACGGGGGGAUGGAGAGGGAAGUACUUUUACUUUAAUGGCUGUAACAAUUCUGAAAUACAGUCUAAGAAUAAGCAUUAUUUUGAUGUCACAGACUUAAUACAUAUUUCUAUUUCAUGUCCCAUGAUUCUUUCUGUCUCCUAUAUCCUCUGAAGUUCUAAAGGGAGGAAAGAAGAAAGAUGUGAAUGUAAAAAGCAAUUUGCAGAUAGCUGUGGUGGCAAGUUUCUUUGCAGAUAACUCUUUUACUGAUGCACUGUUAACACAACUGAAUAACUAUACAUCAUUUUGCAUCAAUUCCUGUGAAUUAAUUCAAAUUUUUUGUCUUAUCUUGAGAUUCACACACAUUCAUGCCACCAUAUUUCUCCUUUUGAGAAAUUAUAAUUAGAAAAUGUCACUCAGACACAGCAAUAUCUAACAUCACAACCUGACAACUGUCUAAACAAAUUAGAACAAUUCUUAGAAGAAACUAAAAUAAAUAAUGAAUAGCUACAAACUUCAAAGGCAACACUUUGCUUUACUAGUGAAUAAAUGGUAUCACAAAAUGGAAAGUAGCUCCAGCCCCACAGAGGUGAGAAAUGCAUGGAUGGGAAAUGCAUUUUGUACAAGAAAUAUCCAGUCAUAUGGCCAGGAGCACAUGAUAUACCAGUUAGUGUGAAAGAUAAAGGGCUGUAUUAGCUUAAUAAUCUUAAUAAAUCCUCUACUUAAAGAAGUUGAAGCAUGAGCCAAAACAUCUCCCUCCCAAAAGUACAAAGCAGUCUGACUUGAAAAACUUCUAAUUAGAGAAAUUGAAAGGUUCAGCUGGAUUUUCAAAAGCACUCCAGAUAUUUAGGAACAGGGCUGCCACUGGAUGCCAUGGAUUCUCAUAAAUCACUUAAAUGGUACAGAAAGGCCCACUCCCCAUCCUUCCCUAUCAUCUAAGCCACAUGAGAGAGGUAACAGAUUUUUGCAUUCUAGAAUAGACUUAAAACUCCAGUUACUACAUAGAAUGUCACUGAAAUGCAGAAGAAAAAAAAGUUAAUUAAGCCUUGUUGUUUUCAGUCAGUUCAAAAACCACUGCAGAUUUAAAACCAUUGAAGUUAAUACAUCUCUUUCAUCAAGGCAGCAAAAUUUGAGCCUCAUCGCCAUAGUAAAUGCAAUUAAUCAUUAAGAGUUUAAAUAGAAAAUGAAUUAAUUCUUUAUUUUGCUCAAAAUGUACUUACAAACCUACACAUAUUUCUGUGAUAGACUUGUAUGAGGCUCAUUUGUGCCAUUCAGUCGAGAGAAGAAAAUCAAACUAUGGGUUAUUGCAUCCAGUCCUUGUAGAGACAUCAAAAUAGGUCCCUUUUUUCCAAGGCAGCUUACAGUGUCAAUUCCUUUCAUAAGGUUAAAGGGUAAAAUUAGUGGUGGACUUUCUUUCUAGAGGUGAAUUUCAUACACAGUUAGUAGCUAUGUUCAGUUGCCACGUGAGCUUGUUGUUCCCUCAGUAUCAAUGGUUAAAAUUGAUUAAUGAGGACUUUAGGCCAAGCACUGUGUCUUCUUGGCUCUCCAUUUAAUAAUCAAGUGCAGGAAAUGACAAGAUCAGAAAAGCGUACACAUAUUUGCUUUACCUGUUACUGAUUUGGCCAACAAUGCCAAAGUGGUGCUAUUGUUUUGUUUAAGAAAGUACUUGACUAAAAUAUAAAAGAAAGCAUAAAUAUUUUUUUAAUGUAUGAAAAUGACAAUUAUAUAGGUAUGGUUAUUAAAAUAGAAAUAAAAUUAGCCAUAACUUUUCAACUUUUUGUCACUCAGAAAACGGCAAAAAAAAUCUUGUAUCAAUGGAGGUGGGCAGGAACAAGAGUCAAAAUGCCCCAAAAAUUCAUAGACUUUAAAUGCAAUUCUGAAUCCUUAUUACAAGUAAGCAAUACAGAUAAAGAAAAGCAUCAGAAGUCAGGGAACAAUGGAUAUGACUGAAAGCCUGUACAGAUCAAUGAGAGUCCUGUAUCAUACCAGAGAUUUUUAAGCCACACUCUAGCCUGAAAUCAGUGGAGAGUUUGGCUUAGUCAGUGGCAUGAUAUGAUCAAGAUUUUCAUUGAGAAUAUAUUUUAAUUUUUACCUGAUUACUUUCUCACUCAUGGCAUGCCCCCUGAAAGUUAAUGUUCUUAAAAAAAGCCCCAAAAGGCACAAACACAUCUGAUUUUAAAAGGGAAUAAUAAUAAUAAUAAAGAAAGUAUUCCUAACAGGAAAUCGAUGCUUUUUUUUAAUUCUCACUAGUUUAAAUUGUGAAAAAAAGUUGAAAUAUAUGGCUAAGAGUCUGUGAAUUUUUUUUUUAUUACUUUAUGUGGUCACUAUGAACAUCCUAAUGUGCAAAAUUUCACAUUUCAUUGCUUUGUUUUGAAAUUAUGGUAAGUUAAGCCCAAAUAGAGAUUCUUGGAACCUAUAGGCCAGAUAGAAUACUUAUGUUCUGAUGAAGGUAUAAUCAAUAUAUUUAAAUUGUUUUAUUUUUAGUCUGAAAAGGAAUAGUAAUAAUUUAUUUGGGGACUCUACCUAUACUGGUCCCUCUUUUAAGGAUACUGUUCAGUGCAAAUAAGUCUUCCAAACACCCAACUUCUAUUCAAACCCAAUAUUUAUUCCUCCCUCCCCCCAGCAAACCUAGUUAAAACACUAUUGCAACAUAAUUUUAUUGUUUGUCUCUUUGUUUGGGGGGGUUGUUUUGUUUUGACUCACUUUGUUUUGAUUCCGUGGGGAGGGGUAAGGAGGAGGAGAUGAGGCUUUCAAGUGAUUGAGAUUUUUUUUCCUCUCGGGCACAAUCCACGUAAAAUAAAGAAUUUUUCUUAAUGAGGUUAAAAAUUAUCUAAUUUGUGUGUGGAAGUACCAUUAAGUAAAACAACUUAAGACUAAAGUUAUCUUGAAAGAAGGAAAAAAAAAUUAACACAAAGUUUUUACCCAUUCUAAUCCUACACUAUACAUUUUGCUUCUCACAGCAUUGGAAUAUUCUACUGGACUAUAAGUGUCCGAACACACAGUAUCUGAUAUAUAUAAACUUUUGAUAUUUUACAUGAAGGGUGUUAUGGGAAUGUCUGAAGCUUGAUUACAUGUAGUACAGUAUAGAGAUACCAUUCUAGCAGAAACCAAAAUGAGGACCUCCCUGAUGCUUACAUUAGGAAAUCUUAUACUAGUUGCAUAAAGGGUGUGUGUAUAUGUGUAUAUAUAUAUACACACAUAUAUAGACAUAUGUAUAUAUGUGUGUAUAUAUGCAUAUUGUUAUAAUGUGUGCAUGUCUAUGUGCAUGUGUGUGUGCACGUGUAUAGUACGCUUUUCUUCUUUUUCCUGUCAAGUAAAAUUUAAAAUUUUUGCUUUUUACUCUUCAGAUCUCAUGGAUUAUAUUCAGUAAUCCAACUGGAAUCUAAUUUUAGAAGAACAUUGUAUAAUAUGGGUGCCACAAUUUAGAUCCUGUCUUUGUUUUUCACACCUAAAGAAAUUACCUGAUAUUUAAACCAUAAGACACUUCUUUGCUGUCAUCAGGCAAACAUAUUUAUCUGUUUAAAUACAGAUAUAAAAUACUAACUCUGAGAGCCAUAUUAUGAAAACAUAAAUUAAAUUUUUAUCUUUUAUUUCAUUUUUCUCCAAAUUACUUCUGUUAAGUGAGAUUUUUAAGUGUAAGCAUCUCUUCAAAGCAAGAAUAAUGGGUAAUACAAACAGAGCAGAAUGAAAAUUUCUGACAUCACCUCAACUAUUAAUUUGUUAAUUAUAUGGUUUUUGUAAGAAUAAUUCAUGUCUCUCUACAGCACUCUUAACUCUUUCAGAAGUGGAAAAGACUUAGCACUGUAAAUUCUUAUAUCCCAAAUUAUUUAUAAUAAUUCUUGAUUUUCUGUGCUCUUCAGUAACAUUUUAUUUUGCCAGUUUGGCUCACUUAAGUCAUAAAAAGCAUCAACAUGAUACUUCUGCUGCUAAACAUUCUUUCCCACAAGAAUUUAACAUACUUACAUCCACCUGAAAUAUUUACAUAUUCACACUUGAUUGAUGCUCUUAAGAAACAAAACAAAUACAGUUGGUAUUUUAAAGGUAUGAACCAUUUUUUAACUAAAUCAAAGACAUUGCAUCUUAUUGUAUUUUCCAUUUAUUAGUAUCAUCUCGUUCCUCUAAAGCAACAACAAAAUACCUACAGAACAAAAAGGACUCUAUCAUGACGGAUAGGAUCAUUCUUCAUGUACUCAUGUUAAAGAAAAAGGUUUAACCAGAUAACUAUAUAUACAACUGAUUAAAUGAAAUUCAUAUUUUUAGUGAAAUAUUUAACGUUGUAAAUUUUAAAAUCGAAAAAAAGCUCACUUUAACAAUAGUCAAAGACAAAGGAUCCAAGACCAACAGACUGAAGUGUUACCAAUAAAGAGGUGUAAUUUCCUUAUUUUGUGCACAGAGAUGAAUUCUAGCUUAAUUUUUUUUCAGUUUAGAAUUCCAAAUGAAAUUGAUAUAAAUACUGCAUAAGAAUUACGAUACUCUAUUAUUUCCACUGAGAGACAAGUUCAAAUAAAGCACAUGCAAAUGACACUGCAUGAUACAGUAUAUAAAUCAUACUUUUUCAUUUAUUACAAUUUCUAAGGAAUUAGUUCAACAGAAUUCUAUAGAAAUUCUUUGCACUGUGAAAAAAUAAUUGUCAAAAGUGUAUAAUGAUAAUAGUUGCCUGAUUAAACUAAACCUCAUCAAACAUGAGUCAUAAAAUGCUCCACUGAAAGCAUCAGAACAGCUUUACCUGUACUCUGGCACUUCACGUUGCAUUUACCAAAAUGUGAUGGUUCUGUUUCAGAGUUUCUUAAUCCUUGGAGUCUUUGGGUUGAAUAUUAAACAUAUUUUUCAAACCUAAGGAUUUUAGGAAACAAAGUUAAAGUAGAAGAAGCAGCACCACCUGCUGCCAAUAGUCAUGGUGUGACUCUUGGGCAUGGUCCUGUGCAGGGCUACGAGUUGGACUUUGAACCUUGUGGGUCCCUUCCAACUCAACAUAUUCUGUGAUUCGGGGAUCAAAUCAUAUAUGAUCUUUCUCUCUUUCAAAAGUAUCCGCAAAGCCACUCAGAGUGCUAAAUGAAGAGAUCAAUAGCACUUGGUUUUCAGGAGGACAGCCUUUCCAAUAGGAAUAACUAUCCCCCUUUUCUUCAGUGUUGUAGUUCAAUUGAUAUCCUGACUAAUACUGGGGUUCCGUAAUGCAAAGCAUGAAUGUGGAUACAUGAAUUUCUGAUUUCACUACUGAAUAAUGCUACUAUUAACAUUUCAAGUCAUUAUAACCAAACAGUGACAAGUGUUAAAUGUUCAUUUGCUAAAAACCAUUUAAACUCUCUAUUAAAGUUCUAACUGGAUUUAUUCUUUCUUUUUUAUUUUCUUGUGCUUACUCAUAAUACAAUGUCACUACUUGAUGACAAAUAAUAUUUCAUACUGUGUAUGUAACAUCAUUGUGUUGCAGAAUCCCCCAAAUACCUCAACAAUGUCUUUGUUGCGCUAUUCUCCCCAUUUAGCACUUAUAAGCUUUUCUAGUAACAACCAAUAAAUCAAAAAAAUGGAGCUGAUAUGUACAAAUAUAAAAAAAAUUCAAGAAGUUUUGAUAGUUUGCAGUUCAUGUAAUGCCAUCUUGACCAUUCUCUUCCCCUCUCUCUAUGAGCUGUCUAGAACAGUAAACUUUGCUCCAUAAAUAAUAGUGUAUUCAUGCUUUUAAAGGCUUUUAUAUGCAUUUAUGGUAGGUAAAGGUUGGAAGAGGUAGUUGACUGAUUUUCACUUUUAUCUACUUUGAUUUCAGUAAAGGGCUUUGUCACUCUGUAUACAUAAAGGCUAAUGCACCCUUUGGUUUGUAGAAUGUACUGAAAUGUUUGCAACCCUCUUGGUAUCAGGUCCAAAAUGUGAAGCAUUACUGUUAAGAGGGUAUCUUUCUAAUGUAUUUGUAUGUAUAGUUUACACCUCUGUGAGGUCUAAUAAAGGAUUAUGGUUAAUAAAAAA